CACCAGUGCGAUGCCGCAGCUAUUGCCUCGAUAAGGGGAACAGACUGCCAGGCUCUCUGAGCAGAUGGAUGAAGAUGGAAGAGGUGGACCUGGAGGAGGAUGCUCAGGUUGUGUUGGCCCAGGAAGCCACUGCAAUAGUGGAUAUUUUGUGUGAGCAAAGAACUAAUGUUCUGCAGCAGAUCUAUGCUUUGGUGGAAACUCGGACUCUAGAACACCUACAGCACCUUUCUAACCUCCGGGACACGAUCGUGGGUGUUGUGGCUUACUUCCAAACUUCAGAUCAGCACACAUGCCGACAUUUUUUGGAAACUAUUUGGGGGUUCUGUGAGAAUAUUCCCUUAGAGCUGGAGGUACGGAUUUUAUCCAUUGCAGGAUCUUCAGCUGGAACAUUGGUAAACAACACUCAUCUGCCAGAUACUGAAAAUUCCCCUCAUUUAUAUCCUGUAAAACGUGCAUGUCGAGAUCAGGUGCAGAUUUACACAAAUGCUGUUAAGAGUUUCCUGCAAAAGAAAUUUGAGAAGGUGACAAAAGAUAUGAAGAAAAAAGUUUGUCUAGACGAGACAUGGCUGUGCUGGAGGACACAAAAAUAUACACGAGUGAGAGACAGACCAGCAAAACCUCAGGAAGGAGAAGACACUUCACUAGAGCAUAAAGAGUCAGUUGAGGUUCUUUUGAAAAAAACAGGCAGAGUGGUAAUGCUAUCAGGUCAGGCUGGCUCUGGUAAAACUCUGUUGAUGCACUGUCUAGGCCACCACUGGGCUCAGGGCUCUUACCCCUCUAUAGAGCUACUCUUCCUCCUGGAGUUCCGCCAGCUUAACCUCAUCUCACAGCCAUUGUCUUUGAAAGAACUUUUGUUUCGUUUCUUUCUUCCCUUGGAGGAAGACAAUGAGCAAAGUGAAGCAGUGCUCAGUUACAUUCUCUCCAACCCUGAGAAAAUUUGCUUUAUAUUUGAUGGAUAUGAUGAGUUUGGGGCAAGAUUUACAGACCCAAAGGAGAUUGUUGGGUCUGUAAACCCUUACCAACAGCUGCCAUUGGCUGAUCUCCUCUCUGCGCUUUGUUGCUCCAAGAUCCUGCCUGGGUGCACAGUGCUGGUCACUUGUAGGCCACGGGAUGUUUUUGACCUAUUUGGAAGUUCUGAUUAUUUUGUUGCAGAGUUGCUUGGGUUCAAUCAACAACGUGUGAAGGAAUACACCGAGGAGUAUUUCCAUGAAAAGGGAAGUAAAAUGAAAGAAAGAGCAGUUAGCUUGCUGAUGGACAGCCAUCAUCUGCUCUCUAUGUCUCAUGUUCCAGGAUUGUGUCAUGUUUGUUGUGUCUGCCUAGACUAUUUCCUCUCCAGUGAUAUGUCUCAGCAACCUGGCACUCAGCUACCUACAUCCUUGACCCAAAUCUACCUCCACAUCCUUUCUGCUUUUAUUAGUCGUUGCCAAGGUUGUGGAUCCACUGAUGAUCAUACCCCAUUACUUCAGAGGUAUAGAGUUCAAAUUGCUACCUUGAGUAAGCUUGCAAUGGACGGUCUGGAGAAGAGCCGUAUAGUAUUCUCAGCAAAUGAACUGUCUCCAGAGCUAAUGAACUUUGGUGCCAAUGCUGGAAUUCUGUCCCGUGUGGAUCUUACGUGUGCAGAUGGAUCCCGAAGUCUGGGCUGUGCCUUUACACAUCUAACCAUGCAAGAGUUUAUGGCUGCUUUGCAUCUUAUGACGAACCCUAAAAUCACAGAGUCAGAAGUGAAGAAGAAGCUUAACCUGAAAAGUCGAUGGACUGCUAAGACUGAUCCAAAAACAGUGUUCACAGACUCUCUUCACCUCUAUAUGUGUGGACUUGCUGCAGAAGUCUGCACUUUAAAUCUUGUCCUACUGGAAGGCAGUGAGAACGCCAGAACGACUGUGCUAAAGCGACAAGAUGCCGUACUUAAGAUUUUGCAGCGCUUUGUGGUUAGUGGUCGUCAAACAGGUCCCAAAAUUAUUGAGCUAUGCCGUUGUGCUCAUGAAACACAAAACAUUGAUUUGGCCAUGGCUGUUGGGUCAAGAGAUCGUUUUGAGCUGCGGAAUAUAAGACUCAACCCUGUGGACAUUGAUGCCUUGGUGUUUGUAACUUCAUCUGCAAAUCGCAUGGUAUGUCUGGACUUUGGCGCCUGUUCUAUUGAACCAGAGUGCUUGAACAUCAUUCCCAAGUCCAAGAACCUGGAAAAUCUCAUUUUUCGUAGCCGUAAGUACGAUGACAAGUUUGCAGAGGCUUUGUCUGGUGUCCUGCCCAAACUCCAAAGCUUGAAGCAGUUAGACUUUGUAAGUGGUGGCCUCACUGAUAUUGGAGCUGCGAAACUUUUCAAGGCUUUGGAGUGCUGUCCACAAAUCACACACCUCAAUGUCAGUGAUAACUACCUAUCAGAUGAGAGUGUAAGAAAGAUCACAGAGUUGAUUUCCAAAAUGGACAACCUCACAUCUGUUAUGUUGGGGAAGAACAACAUUUCCAAAACUGGAAUAAUUAAUGUGAUUGAAAAAAUGGUGGCCUUUCCGAACAUUAAAAAAGUCUAUGCAAAUGCAAAAAAGGAAAUUAAUGUUCUGUUGUCUCCAAACACCCCAAAUGCGAGCACAGAUGAGAUAAACAACACUGAAGAUUCAAAGGAACUAAUCGUGAACGACUGGAAUCUCAAAUGGCCAAUUGUAUCCAAUCUGUGCCGUAUGCUCAGUGGCUGCUCCUCUCUCACUGUCCUAAAUUUGUCCCACAACUUGCUGGGUAACAAAGGUCUGAAGAAGCUACUCGAACAUCUGCCUACUCUUCACACCAUUCAAGAAAUCAAUGUCAGUGACAAUGGAGUGGAUAUGGACGGGGUGGUGCUUCUCUCAACUUCUCUCUGUACUCUCAAAGACCUGACUGAAGUAGAAGCUAGUCAUAACGGAAAGAAGAAACUGGUCUUGAAAUUUAGCUGCAGCAGAAGUGAUGCAAUCAAGCAGUUAACUUCAGAUGAAAGUGCUAUUUUGCACAAGAAACUCAGCUUACUUCAAUGUGAUAUACACCCUACUGACAUAAACAAGCUGUGUAAGAAUCUGAUCAGGUGUCCAAAUCGGAUAGACCUGGAUUUCUCUCAUAGCAAAUUAAUGCAUGAGUCGAUUGAGAAGCUGCUAGGAUUCCUUCCAAACAUGUCGUCACUCAGUCUACUAAAUUUAAGCCACAUCCAGAUGUCAACAGAUAGUGCUUUGUUAUUGGUUCAAUUGCUUUCUGAUUGCCAGCGUACUACAACUGUGGAACUCAGACCACUGGGAGAAGCAUUUGUUAAGUUUCUCCAAGCCAACUCAGAAGCUGCAACAUGCAAGAUUACGCAAUAUGGGCUGAGCAGUGCCAAUCUGAAGAAACUCUGUGGUAUCCUGGAACACUGUCAUCACCUGACUGAUCUGGAUCUGUCCAGUAACUUUCUUAAAGAUGAAGAUGUGAAGACAUUUGUUCAAUUACUUCCCAAACUUCAGAUCUCCAGCUCAGUGAGCCUCAAUGACAACAGUAUAACUGAAGUAGGGGCACUCUACUUGCUGAACUUAAUGUACACAUGCGAAAGGGUGGCUGCCGUGGAAGUGAGUCUUGGAAAGGAGGAGCAGCAGGCUCUGAUACGCUUCGCUCAGAAAAAUUUCACAGGCAAAACAGUCAGUCUGAGGAAUUGCUGUUUUGAGUCAAGCCAUUUGGAAAAUCUUGUGACAAUACUCGACAGAUGUCCCAAACUUAAACUAGAGUUAUCAUCAUGCACUGUGCAAAGUCAAAGUCUGCAUAUUCUGCUGAACAGUUUGGCUACGCUGAACUCAGUACAAACUCUAGAGCUAAGAAACAAUUCUUUCAAUGCUGAGAUGAUUAAGAACUUGGUUACUAAGUUCCAUAGGGAUUUUAAUCACAGGACAAUUUGGAUAAUGGAGCCAUGGAUUAAAGGGGAAGGUGCUGUUGACCUCAUGGCAUGCUGCUUAGAACUGAAUCCACACAUAAAGGAUAUCAGAGUUGAAAAAACAUGGCUUAACCUUUCUGUUGAAAGCCUUCCCUCGGAUACAGUCCCAAAUGAGAAUGGGAAUUUUUCCCUGUCUGCUGUGCACUCUAUAAGCUUUGAUGACUGUGAAGUCAAGGGGCAGGAUUUAUGCUUACUACAGUCUGCUGUCCAGAAGUGUCCCUCUCUGCAGGAGUUACAUUUUUCUCAGCUGACGAUGGGUGAAGAUGGUGCAGAGUUCCUCUCUUCAGUUCUUCCCUCGCUGGAAAAUCUCAAGAUCCUCAGUCUUAAUUCCAAAGGAGAAACAGAAGCUGAAGCAGUAAUAUUUGCAUUACAGCAUACACAAAAGCAGCUGGAACAGUUGAGCUUGUCACAUCAUGUAAUCAAAGACAGCGGAGCUUCAGUACUAGGGAAUGUCCUUCAGGGUUUAACAAGAAUGCGAUCACUCAGUCUCUUGCAGUCCUUGUAUUGCACAGCAACAGGAGGGCAUGAUUUGAUCCGUGGUUUGGUUCAGUGCCACUCUCUGGAAGAAAUUCAGCUGGACUCUUUAGAAUUCAAUGAAAAAAGCAUCGCUUGCUUUGCACAGGGUCUUCAGGUCAUGACGUCACUUAAAAAGAUGAGUUUGAAUAAGAUGACCUCAAAGGAUGGCAGUGGGGUUCUGUGUCUUCUGGCUAGUCUACAUGCAUUAAUUGAGCUAGAAGAGACAGAGUUGAUUGGGUUGAGAAUGGGUGAUGAAGGGAUUGAGGAGCUUGUGAAACACAUCCCUAAAUGGACCAAACUGAGAAAAAUAAAUUUGUCAGAGAACUGUGUGAGUGACCGUGCUGGAGAGAUGUUGGUGAAAGCGCUGUCCCAAUGCAGAGAACUACAACAAAUACAUCUGUCCAGGAACAACCUCGGACACAGUUUUGCAGCUGUACUAGGUCGAGUUCUUCCAUCCUUCCCAGAGCUCUCUGAAUUGGAUCUGUCUGAGAACCAGAUGGGUUCACAAGGGUGUUCAAGUCUCUGUGAGGGUCUGGUCAGCAUGAAGGCACUGAAAAAGCUACACUUAACCUCCAUUGGGACCUCAGACUUGGUCAAUAUUGCGUCUUGCCUCAGACACUGCACCUCUAUAGAGGACGUUAGCUUGUCAUGGAAUAAAUGUGAAAAUGAUGUGGUUCUGAAACUGGCUGAAGUCUUGCCACAAUGCAAUAAACUGAAAAGACUUGAUCUGGAGGCCAAUAAUAUCACCAUAUCAGGAGCCGAGGCUCUUGCUACAUUUUUGCAGUUUUGUCCUUGGGUUGAAGUAAUCAGGCUUUGGAGGAAUCCAAUUGAAAAGGAUAACCCAAUUUUAAAGGACAAGAGGCUGAAUUUCUCAUCAACCUAAUCUGAAGCACACUUAUUUGCAUCCUGUGUUUUUAUUAGAGGUUUUUUUUAAUGUUUACAUUUAUGGCUUUUUGUGGUAAUUAAAUUUUUUACAUUCCUUUAGAGAAUGCAUGCUCACUAUACCAGUAACUAUCUAAUUUAUCUAGUUGUCUGGAAUUCUGAGGUUCAUGGAAGCUUUUUUUUUUUUUUUACAUUCCUUUAGAGAACACAUUACCUCACUAUACUGUACCAAUAACUAUCCAGUUGUCUGGGAUUCUGAGGUUCAUGGAAGUGAUGUAAACCAUCCAUUUUUGCUCCUUAACAGAUUAUGAACAACUCACUAUAGAGCCAUGCCUGCAUGUUCAGAGAUAUGUAAUGACCAAGGGUCAUUUUUGAGAAAAUGUAGUAUUCUAACCACAGUUGUUCCACGGAUAUUGCAGAUUAUGCUUAGACUGUAUUUACUGUAUGAAGCUUGCUAACUUCUUAAUUUUCCAGUCUUCCAUACUCCAUCCAUCCAUUAUCUGUAGCUGCUUAUCCUAUUCUACAGGGUCGCAGGCAAGCUGGAGCCUAUCCCAGCUGACUAUGGGCAAGAGGCAGGGUACACCCUGGACAAGUCGCCAGGUCAUCACAGGGCUGACACAUAGAGAGACACAACCAUUCACACCUAUGGUCAAUUUAGAGCCACCAAUUAGCCUAACCUGCAAGCCUUUGGACUGUGGGGGAAACCGGAUCACCCGGAGGAAACCCACGCAGACACAAGGAGAACAUGCAAACUCCACACAGAAAGCGGCCCUUGCCGGCCGCUGGGCUUGAACCCAGAACCUUCUUGCUGUGAGGCGACAGUGCUAACCACUACACCACUGUGCCACCCCAUCUUCCAUACUCGUAGUCAUAUUUUUUAAUACCCCGUAUAACCCUGAACAUGCAGAUUGGCUGUGAGAUCAUCAGAUUUACCGCACUAAUAAAGGCAGCUUAUAAAUUAUCAUCAGAAACAGAAGACAAAUUUUUCCAGUGUCCUUCCAUCAACCCAUCCUAGACAUCUCCUUGUUGUGUUCUCCAACAGAUCUCGUAUUUAUUUCUGUAUAUGCUUAUUAAAAUAUCUGAAAUGCACUGUAGCUUCCGGAUGGUUCAGUGAUCUGGAAAAUAAGUGUUUGAAUCCUUUGAAUCCUUAUGGGUUCAGAUGGGUGCUUUAUGAAAUGACUAACUAGUAAUUAUAGCCCACUUGAGUAAAAACAGUUAAAUUAAAAACAAAAAAACUUUAAAAUGCCAAAACAGAAAUCAGGCAUGUAAUGCUAUAUUCUGUAUAGCUUCCAUAGAGGAAAAUCAUUAUAUUAAUGAUCACAUUUGAAACAUUUAACAGUUAUUCCACGAAAUCAAGUCGUACAUGAGCUGAUAGCCGACGAGGUGCGUUAUGCCGAGCCGGCUAUAAGCCAUGUAUGACGAGAUUGAGUGGAAUAACUGUUUUAUUCUAUCCACAUUCACUGAAUUUUGAGGAACAGAGCAUUUUAUUUUUAUUUUUUGCAAAUUUGAUAAAUAAAAACUUUAUACAAAACGUUAGACAAAAUAAUUUCCGCUUAGAAUGUAAACAAACCAGCGAAAUGACAGUAGCAAUUUGUGAAAAAUGCAGGAAUAAUAAUAAUAAUUCUUGAUAAAUAAAAAAAAGAUACAUUUUUACCAUCAAAUACUUUUAUUCCAUAUUUUGUUGCUUAUUUUUUGAGGUUUUGUUUCAGAGUAGAGUUUUUAUUUCGUCCUCAGUUGGUUCAGCAACACGCGCCGCCAUUUUGUUUUUCUUUACUCACGGUAUAUGAGCUGAUAUCCUAAUAGUAGAGUAGCCAAUCCGAGUGCACGAUUGCUCAUAUCCAGUGAAUGUGGAUAGAAUAAAAUCAGAUAUACACAAAAUCUGUUGUUAUAUUUGAUAAAGAUUGCUGUAUCUACAGCAUAUGUAUAUACACUUGUCAAUAAAACACUGGAAGAAUGAGAA